UCCGAGCCGGUCGCCCGAAGUGAGGCGGUCUCGCCAGGCGGAGAUGACAGUGACGGCGGGCGGACUACAAGCCCCUUGUUCACCAGACAGCAUGGUAGUGCAAGUAGGAUUUACCAAUACAUCACCGACUAGAAUGGCCAAUAUUAAUUAUGCAAAAUUUGAAAGUACGAUUGAACGACGAAAUGACAAUCUCCGAGGAUUAUCCAAGUCCAGUUUCUCGUGUAUGGAUCUUACCAAAGUGGGAAAGUACAGAGCUCCGGAUUUCGCUGUAACGGACGUGUGUGAUCGCCGGAGAUCCGGUAACUACGGGCCUGGGGAGGAGAAACUGACUUUUUCUACCCUCACCAACGGCAAGGAGUGUAAUGGGUAUGUGGGGGAAAGAAGUAACCACCCCCGUCUUCAGGCGACGAAAAGCUACCAGCGUAAUGGUUGGGUGAAAGCUGGUUUAACCCUUUACCCGCUAAGAGAUGUGACAGAGACACAACUAGACACCAGUACGGACACUCGGCCUAACAGGCUUCCACGACAGUGUCAAAGUGCGUCGGAGAUUCGUGUGCGUGAUGCCUGGGAGACGAACCAUGUGCCGACUGGUCUGUCCACCCACCCACCCACCACAAGAAACUGUUCCGAUCAGAAGGGGCGCGGAAUAGCCACGGAGCCCAAACGGGACCUGGACAUUGGGGAAUACCUUGCAAUGUCCAAACGGUACUACGAUGAGUAUCGGGCCAAAGAAACCGCUUUCAGAAAAGGACUGUAUACCCGUCAAGACUCUAACACUAGCAGCAGUAGUCAAACGAGAAAUCAACAUCAUCAUUAUCAUAAGCAUGUAUGUGAAUCAUUGUCUUACACGUCCAAAUCGCCCGCGUUCUCCUCUGCAUCGUCUUCGUCGUCAUUGCAUAGAAAAGCAUCCUUGUCGCGGUCGAAAUCUGAGACAAACUUGACGAGUGUGACUUCGGGUAGUGCAUGCGAACUGUUAAGCGAGGAUGAGGAUGAAGAUGGCGAUGACUACGGAUUUCUCAGCUGGUCCUCUGCUUCUCUGUCCACAGCAAUGCACAAGGCCAGGUCCCCUCUCCCCACCCGUCGGAUUCUACCAAAACGAUGGAGGAGCAAGACCAAGGCUAUCACCACGGUGUCCUCAAGCUUGUGGAGUUCAGAGGGGUCGUGCACAUGGUGUAGUAUGAGUGGCCGGAGGGUGACCCUAAGGGGCACAACUUUGCUGCAGCUUUCGGAGAAGGAACGACUGGCCCUCCAGAAGAUUGCCCUGUCUAAGCUCCAGGCUAUGAACUUAGGAUGCCAGAUAUGUGUGCCCAAAGAAACUACUCAAGUCAAAAGAGGGAAAAGAGUUUUAAAAAUGCUGAAGCGUAAAUCUCAUUCUGCAAAUCUUAGCACAUUGCUGGAUAACCUAAAGGAAAACCAUGAAGACAAAGAUUCGAGAGACUGUCGUCCCCUGGGUCUUGUCUUUGGCAUCCCUAUAGCUAAAUGUGUGGCCAAUGAUUUGGAAUUACAGAAGAGAAGGUUGUCGCGGUCAGACGCUAUUCCUCUAGCUCCGCACCAAAGAAAAUCCAGUAACUCUUCUGUGAACUCUCUAGACAAUGCCAACCACAACGGCAACAUUUCAGAUAGCAGGAGUAUGGAGCAGAAUAAGAAUCGAGCUGCAAGUACAGAUUCCUUGUCGGAAUCUGAGAGCGGGAAGUACAACUCAAGCCUCUUGGACGCCCUGUCACUGUCGUUAAGCAGUCAUCAAGAAACCCCCCUUCACCUCAAUACGACAGCCCCACAGGUGCCACAGAUCGUCAAGACAUGUUUCAAACACCUAGAGACUUACGGUUUGCAGACUUUGGGAAUAUUUAGAGUGGGAAGCACUAAGAAGAGAACAAAACAGAUGAGGGAUGAGUUUGACUGUGGGAAGGAUGUGAGGUUAGGAGAACAACACAACCCCAAUGACGUGGCUGCUCUCUUAAAGGAAUAUUUCAGGGAUUUACCUGAGCCUUUGUUAACCCGAGACCUUUACUCACCUUUGGUGGCCACAAGAAAUCUAUAUGAGAGCACCAAGCAAGCUUUAGCGGUAAAGAUGCUGGUGGCCUUACUUCCUGUCCCAAACAGAGACACCCUCUGGGCUCUCUUACGAUUCCUCAACAAGGUAGUUGAACAUUCCACCGACACCAUCGACGAGCAUGGCAAACUGUUGCCUGGCAACAAGAUGGACUCUCACAAUCUGGCAACGCUGUUUGGACCAAACAUCCUUCACAAGGCCAAGGUCGGGAGUGAGAAGUCCUUCGUGGUAGAGGACAUGGAUCGGGCUGAGGAAAGGAGUGAAGUGAUUGCUGUCCUUGAGGACAUGAUCGACUUCCAUGAAACACCUGUUCAAUGUAAGUCUGACUUACAAGAUGAGAUUGUGAGGUUGUUAAUGGAGACAGAUCCAGACACGGCUGAUAUGCUCCUGAAGAAACUGGCCUCUGAAUAUGGGAUUGAGCCUGACCCUGACACAACCUCAAGCAGUGUGUUUGAAGAUAGUGAUACUGCUUCUCUUCCUCACUCCCCGGGGAUUGACAUGGACAUGGGCCUGAGGUCUCGGGCGAUGUUUGACAGUCGGCGCUCACAGGGACGACCCAAUCAUGCUGCACUGCGACAGGUUCAGAGUGCAGACAGUGCGAACUUCUCCGGAGGUGAACGGCUAGAAGUGCCACGACUACAUAGUGACAGUGAUCCUAUGCAGACUGAGGACAGUAGCUCAAGCAGUGUUCCUUCCCGGGUGUUGAAGCCCCAGAGAAGUCCACGCAUGCCCAAAUUAAAAGUGUCUCACGAUAAAACGAGUACUAACGCCCGAGGAAAAACUGGCCAUGUGGGUUCGUCAGAGAAUUACUGGUCCGAUCCGUACUCUCAUGACUUACUGACCGUGCCAUCAUUGGAGGGACGGAGAAAGAGCUCGGGUUCAUUAACAUCGCAGGAGCCCAGCCCUGUUGGGUCAGAUAGUUCUGGACAGUGGUUGAUGACCACUGGGUCAAGUAGCUCAGGAAACUCGAGCACAAACUCUCCCAGAACUCAGCCACCUGAAUCUCCGCGGCCAUCAUAUCGGGAUUCGGCAUCACCGAGGCGACAGCGAUCAGACAGUGGCUCCAAAUCUACCAGUUCAUCCCAGCUGCGCCCCUUGUCUUCUCGACAACGUCCUCUAGGGGUGAGGAAUUCUGAGGAUUCGCGUAGUGACAGUUCUGAUCUGGACUGUGAGCGAGAAAGGUGGAGGAAUUGGGAACUAAUGGCUGCAGAUAAGAACGAUGAUUCUUACCAGCAGGAGACAUUGGUGUAGCAGUAGGAGACACUGGUGUAGCAGCAGGAGACAUUGGUGUAGCAGUAGGAGACACUGGUGUAGAUGCAGGAGACACUGGUGUAGCAGUUGGAGACACUGGUGUAGCAGCAGGAGACACUGGUGAAGCAGUUGGAGACACUGGUGUAGCAGUUGGAGACACUGGUGUAGCAGCAGGAGACACUGGUGUAGCAGUUGGAGACACUGGUGUAGCAGUUGGAGACACUGGUGUAGCAGUAGGAGACACUGUUAGAUGAUUAGUACCUACAUGAACUUUCUUAUGCUGAUGUGUGGUGGUUGCUCAAUUUCAGCAAGUCUUUGGGCUUUUAUCGUGUAACAUAUACGUGUUCGCUUUUUAUCUCUCCAACUCAUCAUUUCUGGUAACUUCGAUUUGAAACUGGUGAAACACAUCGAAUCAAACUUGACAUCAAAACCAGUUUUCGAAUAUCAUCAUGAUGAAAAUGUAGUUUUCAACUUCUCAUAAAUGGUCAGUAUAUGAAUGACAUAAACAUGCUGGACAUCUUUUUAAAAUUUUUUGAUCACAAAUUUUUUCUGGCCAUCUUUUAAACAUGCCAAAUAAGAUAAAUCAUAACCAUUAUAAUAUGGAAGAGUUAAGAAGGGUCACAAUCACAACAAAGAACGCAUUCUUAUGAAUAUUUAAUCCUUAUGGAUAUCCUUCUGGAAUUUGCCUUAUUUAGUUUUGCCUUACUGAUGAAUUCACACCUGUAUCUCUUCUAAAUGCGAUAAUCUGUUUUGGACUAAAGAUGAUACAGGUAUAUUUAAUAUGCAUAGUAAGUGCUAUACAGUCAGUGGCCAUGUAGUCCAGGGGUCAAAUUAUUUAUUCAUAUCUGAGCACCCUACUACAUGUUAAUAAGGGCAUGUGACUGAUCUUGUUAUAAUUAGGUUGAACAGGUUGUACUUGUAGCUUAGUGUAUGUUGUUUACG